CGGACACAACUCACCCUCAAUCUCCACACGUGCUGACUCUGAGACUCGCUCCGCAGUAGCCAUGGCAACCACCAUGCUGGGAAUGCUGGGAGUUUUCCUGUGCGCUCUGGCCGUGAGGGCCGACGUGAUGCCUCAGGCCGACUUUGACCUUCAGAAGGUCAGAGGAACGUGGUACCUGGUCGGCUUCGCCACCAACGCAGACUGGUUUGUGAGCCGUAAAGCAAGCAUGAAGAUGGGGAUGGCCACUCUGACCCCACGGCCCAACGGUGACCUGGAGAUGGACUACUCCAGCCUCAAGUCUGAUGGCAGCUGUAAGAAGAUGAACCAUCUGGCUAAAAAGACGGACGUUCCUGGGAAAUUUGCCUACCGCAGUCAGCUCUGGGGCAGUGAUAAUGACAUGCGCAUGGUGGAUGUGAAGUAUGAUGAAUACGCCCUCAUUCAUGCCAUCAAGACCAAGAAUGGACACUCCUACGUCCUCAACAAGCUCUACAGCCGCACUGAGGAUCCGAGUCAGGCUGUUCUAGAUAAGUUCACUCAGUUCUCUCUGGAGCAGGGAAUCCUGAAGGGGAACAUCGCCAUCCUGCCCAAAAACGAACCGUGCUCUUAAACUGCUGACGCUCACUCCAGAUUCACAUUAAUGAAAUAUUCUGCUGAAGCUGGAACGUCAUCAUCAUCAUCGUUAUUACUAUGAUUAUUAUCUCUGCUGCUGCUGCUGCUUUCGGGCCUCGACUGGCCGUGACUGUGCACUGCUUCCCUGUGCUCUAAUAAACUCAGUCUGGAGUGAUGUUCGCUCCUCACUCUCAGACUCUUCAUCACUCUG